GAGGGAACUGGUGCCGUCUUCAGGGCUCCUUAAGAUGAUCUUUUUGUUAUGAGCCAUGCCUAAAUUCGUUCCUCGCGAGCGCAAGCACAAGAAGCUCGCAAGACAGAAAGAUGCGGAACAAUCAAUUCACGACGCUGCCUCAAAAGCAGCUGGCGCGAACACCGAUCAUGAGCAGCUGCUGUCAAAGAAGGCGGCGCUCAAGCAGGAGCUUGCAACUCCAGCAAUGAGUUCGAAGAAGAGGAAGAGGCUGGAUAAAUAUAUCGAAAAUAAGCUGAGACGGGAGGAGACUCUUGCCUUGAUUAAGAGACUGGAGCAGCGCCAGAAGGAUGGGUUGGAUCGCAGCGCAUUGAUGAGUGCGAAGGUGCUGGGAAGGAGAGGAGACGCUAAGAAUGACAGAAAGAAGUCGCGAAGAGUGGAGGAAGAGAGCGCUGGGGAGAGCGAAGAAAGCGAAGAAGACGAACGUGACCAAUUCGAAGUACCCAACGCCAGAAAGGAUGAGAAGCUGGAUGGAGACGAGUCGGUUUCUCCCGUGGCACCACCGUCGAAACAAGAGGCAGAUCCAGGUUUUGGUAGCGGCUUGAAAAGGCCGUUGGAGCUGGAUGAGAACGGCAGACCAAUCAUCAAGAGCAGAAAGCGCAAGAGGACGGGACCGUUGAUCUUCGAUAGACUUCCGGUGCAAGAAUUCGAACAUGCCGAGUGGACAGGCUUUAGCGACGACGAAAUGAGCACCAACGCGGAUGGCGACGUAGAUUCUGAGGGCGAAAACUCCGCAACGGAGUCGGAGGAAGUUAUGAUGGCUGCCUCAGAUGCCAGCGGCGAAACCCAGACCGACGACGACAUGGAGGAUACAUCAUCUGAAGGAGAUCCGGAAGAUUCAGAAUCUAGCAGCACGUCCAAGGUAGCGCGCAAGGCUAGAACUUCAGCGUUCAAAGCCUGGGCAGAACAAGAGCGCAAUAAAACCAUAGGGUUCACGCCGUCUACGGCCACGCAGCUACAAUUGCCGGUCAUCCCAGAAGAGAUCAAGAACUCUUUUGUCCCCCGUCCCAUUGAACAAGAUCCCCUACCUGAAGGUUUCACUCAGCAAUCAGAAAUUGCGAAAGAUCGACGGGCGUAUUCCGUCCCCGUUCAACGAACAGAUGAAAUUCAAACGAAGCGUAUGGCGCUUCCGGUCGUGGCAGAGGAGCAGCGUAUCAUGGAGGCAAUCUUCAACAACGAUGUCGUAAUAGUGUCCGGUGCCACAGGUAGCGGCAAAACAACCCAAGUACCGCAGUUUAUGUUUGAGCAUGGCUUUGGAAGUCCUGAUGGACCAACGCCGGGCAUCAUUGGUGUCACUCAGCCUAGACGUGUGGCAGCUGUCAGCGUGGCGAAGCGUGUUGGAGAUGAGUUGGGUGACAUGGGUAAGAGAGUGGCAUAUCAGAUUCGAUUUGACUCAACGGUGCGGAGCGGUACAGCCAUCAAGUUCAUGACCGAUGGCAUUCUCUUGCGAGAGAUGACUGAGGACUUUUCGUUGAAGAAGUACUCGGCAAUAAUCAUUGACGAGGCCCAUGAGAGAACUGUAAACACAGAUAUCUUGAUUGCUCUGAUGAGUCGAUGCGUUAAGAUCCGAAGGGAGCUUUCAUUGGCGCAGCCCAAAGUUUAUAAGCCGCUUAAAUUGGUCAUCAUGAGCGCCACGCUUCGCGUCGAAGAUUUUCGGGCGAACAGUAGACUCUUUUCACAGCCUCCCCCUCUCCUAGAGGUAGAAGGGAGGCAGUACGAUGUCAAAGUGCACUGGGCGCGAAGAACGAGCCACGACUUUGUUGACGAGGCAUUUAAGAAAGUCAGUAGAGGACAUAGGAAGCUACCACAUGGUGGCAUGCUUGUUUUCUUGACGGGACAGAACGAUAUUCGACUGCUGAUGCAAAGGCUGCGGGACGUGUUUCAGACGACAGAUGAAAAGAAGAAACCCGAGUCGAAGAGGAAAGUGGAUACUAAGGAUAAUGCUGUCGAGGAGGAGGAACUAGAGGAGCUGGGAGCUGUGCACGAUGACACGCAGCUCGACAUUGACGAAGACAGUGUUGAGGCGGCUAACGAGGAAGAGACAGCUGAGCCGGACGAUCCGGACGCGGAGUUCAUCAUCGAAGGGGAAGAACCUGCCUCUGAAAUCAUGAAGAUUCACGUUUUACCUCUGUAUUCACAAUUGCCGUCGAAGGAACAGCUUCGCGUCUUCGAAGCCCCACCCGCAGGAUCGCGUCUGAUCAUACUUGCCACAGAUAUCGCCGAGACGUCUCUUACGAUUCCAGGUAUUCGCUACGUUUUCGACUGUGGUCGUCAUAAGGAACGUACGUGGGAUCGAGCUGGAGUUCAAACCUUUAGGACGAGCUGGAUCAGCAAGGCUAGUGCUGAUCAGCGGAUGGGCCGUGCAGGACGAACGGGGCCAGGACAUUGUUACAGACUCUAUUCCAGUGCCAUUUUUGAAUCCGCCAUGCCGGAGUUUGCUCAGCCGGAGAUAUUUAGAUCUCCGCUGGAGGGCGUGGUGUUGCAAUUGAAAAGCAUGAACAUUGGAAGGGUGGACAACUUCCCAUUUCCAACGCCGCCAGUGAAAGGUAGCAUAGUCAAAGCAGAGAAACUGCUGAUGAAUCUGGGGGCACUUGACGGGAAAGGAAGAAUAACGAAACUGGGGAGAGAACUGCAGAACUAUCCACUGAAUCCGCGGUUUGCGCAAAUGCUGCGGUUAGGUGUGGCGCAUGGGUGUGCCAAGGAAGUUAUUGCUCUCGUUGCUGCGUUGGACGUGCCUGAGCUCAUGAUCCCAGAGAGCCAGCUAGAUCUAAAGACGCCCGUCAAAGCGCAGGAUGAGAUCUGGACAGCGGAAGAUGAUCUUGCAGAGAGCACAAGACAGACUAACAGAAAUGCUUAUGCAGCCGCCCAAGCAAGACUUUCAAGACUGGAUUUCAACAAAAACAAAGUAGUGCCUCAAAGCGAUGCGUUGAAGCUUUUUGCUGCAAUGCUGGACUUCUCUUCCACGCCCGCGGAUCAAAAGGAAGAAUUUUGCAAAACGAAUUUCAUAAGAGAAAAGGGCCUACGUGAGGCUGACCAACUAAGGAAGCAGCUCUUCAAUAUUGUGCGGAAUCUGCAUCCACAUGUUGCCGGCAAUCUUCAGCAAGAUACGCUCAAGAAACCGUCUGAAAAGACGACCGCGCUGAUGAAGCAGAUUACUGCUGCCGGCUUUGUAGAUCAGGUUGCCAUACGUUCUGAUCUGCUUCCCGUGCCACCAAUAGAGGAGAAGAAGGCGAAGAGAGCGAUCGAUGUCAAAUACAAAACGCUCUUCUCUUCGUCUUCAAGGGAUGGAGAACCAAGCGAAUCGGACGAUGGGUUUGUCUACGUCCAUCCAUCUUCACUCCUUGCUCGGCUGCCUACCAACUGCAUGCCAAGAUACAUCAUCUACCAUCGGCUUCAGCGUUCGCAACCUUCCCAGCCCGGUGCUACGUCCAGAGUCAGGAUGGCCCCUCUCACGCCGGUCUCGGCCGAGCAACUGGCGAGCCUGGCAAAGGGCACCGGCCUGCUGGAAAUUGGCAAACCGCUGGGAAAGCUGGAAGUCUUACCGUCGAACGAGAAAGGUGAGGAGCGAAGGGAGUGCGAGGUCAUGCUCUCCCUCGUGGGUGACAAGGGAAUGGUGGGAUGGCCGCUGGUGCGGAAGAAGGUCGUCCAGAGAAGGGACCCCGCUGAGGGUUGGGUUGUCGAUGUGUGGAAGAGCUGAUUCCACGUCGAAGUGCACUUUCUUUUUUUGCGUGGUGCAAACAUGUUUUGGAAUUAGCAUAUCUAUAAGGCGAAGCAGAGAUACCGUCUGCGCCUGGGUGAAAGCUUAUCGAUAGAAUGCAACAGCAGCAUUUCUAAUGCCCUGAAAUCCAGAA